AUUUCUGACGUCGGGAGGCUCCUGGAAAAUCUUCUGAACGAACAACUCAGAAGUGCAUCUUUUGAGUAUUAUUAGUAAUUCUGUAUUCUUAUCCGGCGCUUUUCCACGCCGUAACGUUUUAACUCAGGUUCAGGGAGGUAGGCUGACUCUUCUCACCGCUGUAUAUAAACUUGGAAGCAUACUAUGGAGCUCUGCUGGAUGUUUACGGACUCCAUCUCCGCACUAGAAGCCGGACGACAGCCGGUUUUCUCUAGCAGCUAACGUCUGCUUUUAUCCUAGAGCUUCAUUUACCAUUCUUCCGGUUUUUUUCCCCUCAUCGAUGACUCAAUUAUCAGGAAGCUUCCUCUCGGAUGUUUAGUUAUAAAUCUGUUGUUACCUGCAACCAGCCUCAUCUCACCGAUAUCUGCUUCGAGAACAUGAUGUGUGGGAUCAAGUGGUAACAGUUUGAGUGGGAAGUCUAACCGGUUUUUAAUCAACAAUGAGGUCUCCUCUGGCUCCAGGGAUACGACUGAUCACCUCCCUUUCUCGGGACAGCUGGUAUCGUGGUUUUAUUCUCUUCCUCACAUUCCUCUUCUACACAGCCUACCACCUCUCAAGGAAGCCAAUCAGCAUUGUUAAGAGUGAACUGCAUAGAAACUGUUCAUUAGUCAUUCGACCAGCAUACCUCAACAUAACUGAUAAUGAUACCUGGUGUGACUGGGCGCCUUUUGAUCAGGGCAACUAUCAGACCCUCUUUGGUGUCCUGGAUAACUCCUUCCUCGUCGCCUAUGCCAUUGGCAUGUUCUUCAGUGGGAUCUUUGGAGAGCGCCUUCCUCUGAGGUACUACCUGAGCUUCGGGAUGGUGAUGAGCGGAUUGUUUACAUGUCUGUUUGGCCUCGGCUACUACUGGAACAUCCACUCUUUAGGGUACUACGCCUUCGUCCAGGUGAUGAACGGGCUCAUGCAGACCACUGGUUGGCCCGCUGUGGUGGCCUGUGUUGGCAACUGGUUCGGAAAAGGGAAGCGUGGAUUCAUCAUGGGCAUCUGGAACUCCCAUACCUCGGUGGGAAACAUUCUAGGUUCCCUCAUCGCUGGAGUUUUUGUCUCCUCAGAGUGGGGGAUGUCCUUCAUUGUCCCAGGACUCAUCAUCGCUGCCACUGGGAUCCUCUGCUUCUUUUUCCUGGUUGAAAAACCUGAAGAUGUGAACUGCUCUUCUCCUCAGCAUCAUAUCAUUCAGGAGGACGUUGAGACCGAGCCUCUACUGCAAAACGGGAACAGAAGCAUCAAUGGUGCCGUCUCCACGGAGAGUCCGAAGAUCAUACAGGAACACUCUGAGGCCAUAAGCUUCUAUGGGGCUCUCUGUAUACCUGGAGUGGUGGAGUUUUCUCUCUGCCUCAUGUUUGCAAAACUGGUCAGCUACACCUUCCUCUACUGGCUUCCUCUCUACAUCUCUAAUGUUGCACAUUUUGAAGCAAAACAAGCGGGAGACAUGUCAACGUUAUUUGAUGUAGGAGGGAUCCUUGGAGGCAUCAUGGCCGGCCUGGUGUCUGACUUCACUGGGGGAAGAGCGUCAACCUGCUGUGUCAUGCUGAUUGCUGCUGCACCUAUGCUCUUCGUCUAUAAUUACAUCGGACAAAAGAGCCUAGGGAUCACAAUCGGUAUGCUGCUGCUGUGUGGAGGCCUAGUGAACGGACCAUACGCCUUGAUCACCACAGCUGUAUCUGCUGACCUGGGAACACAUGAGAGUCUGAGAGGAAACUCCAGAGCUUUAUCAACUGUUACUGCAAUCAUUGAUGGCACUGGAUCAAUAGGUGCAGCGUUGGGUCCUUUGUUGGCUGGUUUGAUCUCACCCACCGGCUGGAACAAUGUUUUCUACAUGCUCAUCUCUGCUGACAUCUUAGCCUGCCUGUUUUUGACCCGACUUGUCUUUAAGGAAAUCAAAGGCUGGUGUGGACAGAUUCCCUGAGCCACAGGGUUUAGAGAAAUGUAAUCUCACAAUCAAAACAAACUGUCACAGCACUAUAACUAAAUCAGAUCUCUUCUCACUGUAUAGCCAAAGAAAGAAAAGCCAGAAGAUUCAAGUUACUAAGCUGAUGAUUGAAGCUUUCUUUUUGUAAAACAACAAAGGAAAUGUCACUUUGCAGAGACAAAUUUUGAUUACCGGUAUUCUAAGUUGUCUUAAUGUUCUUUUAUUGUUUGUCUUAAUCUUGUUUUUGAUUUGCUGUCUCCUCACAAGUAAUUCCUUGGGAAAUUUGAUAAACUCAGAGAUUAAUCAGAUGUGCUGUAAAAUGCUGUUUAUGCUCAGUGUAUAAAACCGUCAAAUAAAUAAUGUUAAGAAAUCA